CAUACCUUUUAAGGACCCAGCUCAGCUGGGAUAUCUGUAUCUGCAUUAUACCUCCCGUCUAUUCUUAGGUGGCACUUCAAGCUGUCUGAACAGAGCCUUUGAGUGGCUGUGCUAAAAAUCUGUAAAAAUGGCUUACAAUGUUUCCCUCUCUGGACCUGGACCGUGGGGAUUCCGUCUGCAAGGAGGAAAAGACUUUAACAUGCCCUUGACCAUCUCCAGAGUUACCCCAGGCAGUAAAGCAGCACAGUCCAGUGUAAACCAGGGUGACUUAGUAGUUGCUAUCGAUGGAGUCAACACAGAUGGCAUGACUCAUUUAGAGGCUCAGAACAAGAUUAAAUCUGCCAGCUACAACUUGGGUCUCACACUUCAAAAAUCAAAGCGUCCUGGACCAGUUCCCACAGCCACCCCGCGAAUGGAUUCCCCAAUGCCAGUGAUCCCUCAUCAAAAGGACCACGCUUUGGAAAUCAAUGGCUCCAGAACAGCCUACAGUACUGUGUCUAGCAAAUCUGCUGUGCCACUGGUUGGUUCUAUGAGCACAAAUGAGACAAUGGCAGGCUACGUCAGCAAGCAAGAAACCAACCAUUCACAUAGCUCUACUUUUAUAAAGACAUCAGUUAGAACCUCCAUGUCAACCCACUCAGUGGCAUCUGAUGCAUCUCCGAUUAAGGGUAGCAUAGGGUCAAAGGUUGAUCCCUUGGUUAGUGGUGCCAAUAACCCCAUCAAUCAAUUUAGCCCAUCUAAGAAUCGACUAUAUAACAACCCUGUUGGGCUUUACUCAGCAGAGACUUUGAACGAAAUGGCGGAAAUGCAUAAGUUAAGCCUGAAAGGAAGGGCCUCAGAAGGUGGUCUUCAUAGAGGUAACCUCCCUGUUAAAGAUCCUCUCGUAGACAUUGCUUCUCCAGUGUAUCAGGCUGUGCUUAAAAAUCAGGGCAAAACUGAGAGUGAAAUUGAUGACUGGGCACGUCGUGCUGCCAAUCUGCAGUCUAAGUCCUUCCGUGUCCUUGCACAUAUCACUGGAACAGAAUACAUGCAAGAUCCUGAUGAAGAUGCAUUGAGAAGAGCAAGCAGCAAGGAAAAUGUUGCCAAAUCUCCAGAAAUAAGUCCUGCAGGUGCCAAAGUGUUACCAUCUGCCAGGUCAGGUACUUGGCAUCCUACUAAAUCACCUACCAGGGAGGACAUCCCUUCCCAGCCCAGUCCAGUGUCCUCAAGAGGUUAUUCCGUGAGGUUUGGGGGCGAUUCAGUUCCAAGAAAAAAUGUUCACACCAGCACUGAUCAAAAUUUGCCCAAACUUUCACCCCCUAUUACAUCUACUUAUAAAAGAGCACCAGCCGCUGCCAGCAUCUCUGCUUCACAGAAAACCUUCCAAGGAUCAAAGAACAUGUCCAUAGCAGCAUCCACUAUAUCGUCUGCCAUUUCUGCACAGUCUAGCCACCAACAGCAAUCGUCCUUCACUACCACCUACCAGUCAAAAGCAAGUCAGUCAUUUUCUUCAUCAACAACUGCUAAAGGUCCAGUGCCUUAUGGAGCAUACAGUGAACCUGCAGCUAAAGGUCCAGUGCCUUAUGGAGGAUACAGUGAACCUGCAGCUAAAGGUCCAGUGCCUUAUGGAGGGUACAGUGAACCUGCAGCUAAAGGUCCAGUGCCUUAUGGAGGAUACAGUGAACCUGCAGCAUCUUCAGCUCCUGCAGCUCCUGCACCAAAACCUCGUGUAGUCACUACUGCAAGCAUUAAACCUUCUGUUUAUCAACCCAGUCAAGCUCCUGCACCAGGUCCAGUUCAGCCACCAGCCCAAAUCUAUGCACCCCCCACACAAGAACCCUCUAACAGACCUCCCUGGGUGACAGAUGAUAACUUUUCUCAAAAAUUUGCCCCAGGCAAAUCCACAAGCACUGUCACUAAGCAAAUUUUGCCAAAAGCUGCCCCUCUUCCACCUACUCCAAUCAGUGCUCCCAGCUACACACCUCAGCCUGUCGGUCAGUCACCUUCACAGGUUCCCAGGGGUCUAAUCCAGCGUGCCGAGAGAUUUCCAGCAAGCAGCAGGACUCCACUUUGUGCCAGCUGCAACAGCAUAAUUCGAGGGCCUUUCCUGGUGGCCAUGGGUCGGUCAUGGCACCCUGAAGAGUUUAAUUGUGCUCACUGUAAGACAUCUCUGGCUGAUGUGAGCUUUGUGGAAGAACAGAAGGGUGUUUACUGUGAGCGCUGCUAUGAGCAGUUCUUUGCUCCAACUUGUGCCCGUUGCAACACGAAAAUUAUGGGGGAAGUGAUGCAUGCCCUAAGACAGACUUGGCACACUACUUGCUUUGUCUGUGCAGCAUGUAGAAAGCCAUUUGGUAAUAGCCUUUUCCAUAUGGAGGAUGGAGAACCAUACUGCGAAAAAGAUUAUGUUGCUCUGUUUAGCACAAAAUGCCAUGGGUGUGAUUUCCCAGUGGAGGCAGGAGAUAAGUUCAUUGAAGCUCUUGGACAUACAUGGCAUGAUACCUGUUUCAUCUGUGCUGUUUGUCAUGUGAAUUUGGAAGGGCAACCAUUUUACUCCAAGAAGGAUAAGCCCCUCUGCAAGAAACAUGCCCAUGCCAUCAAUGUUUAAAGAAUGAAUGCCAGCAAUGAUGAUAAGGAUUAACUGAACAUCCAAGAAGCACAACAAUUAUUGUUCCAUCUUAAAUGAGUAUUGUGUAACAUAUUCCAUCUGAAGUGAAACUUGAUUAUUUGCUCUUAUUUAUAAAGAGAGCAUAUAAAAAAAGAACAUUUACAAAUGUCAUUUUGAAGAGUGCCUAGGUAAUAUGUUAAUAGGCAAGAGCGUAAUUAUGUCAUGAAAUGAGACAUUGCGUACAGAGGGAUAACAAAUAGUUACAACCCAAUUCAGGAACACUUGGUUCCACUUUGUAGUGUAGAACAUUUUGUCCUUGUGCUUAUUUAUUAUCCCUCUGUUUGUUAAAACAAUAGGCUUCCAUGCUUAAUAACACCAAACUAACAUGUUUGGUUAUCAUAAACAUUUUAUAGGUUUUUGCUGCAAGCGAAAAUGUUGCUCAAACCUUGACAGGUAUAUCUGCAACUCCAUAAACACCUGAAUACUAGGGUGGAAGCCUAUUUAGAUCAAAACUUAUUAGACCUAUAAAAACUGUGUUAUUUAUUGAGAGAAAUAAAUGUUUACAUACUCCAAAAGUGAUCAUCACAGUUAACUCCAAAGGGUAAUAUAACCCUUACAUCUUCACUAAUGAUAUUAUAUCUCCACUAAUAAUAUUAUUGAACAUUUAAAUAUGCUAAAUAUUAGCUAUAUAAUUUGUGUGUGUGUGUGUGUGCUCCAGAUACUCUCUUUUGAUAAAGACUUGCUACAUUUCGUUUAGCAUGUCCACCCUACAUUGUAUCUGCCAGCAGAACUUGUGUUAAAUCCAGUUUUGUAGAAGAAUUUGAAGAUGGAAUAGUUAUAAUGAAGCCUGGAGAUUGAAAGCAGAGCUCUGGGUCUAGCACAAAAAUAAUCAGAGUGCCAAGCAACCAGAUGUAUGGUAUUUUUAGAGCCGUAGUGGAUAGCGUUUUAAAAUAAAUGAAGUGCAUCUUCGCCAAAAAAGGAAGUGCUGCUCCACUGUUUAUGUCAUGCCUCCCCAGCACCUCUCUAAGCUAUGAGAGAAUCGGGCAGUGUACAGUCUGUACAUUAGUAGGGGCCUGGCCCCAAAGUACACACCAGAGGCUCUGAAAUCUUAAGGGCAGAUUUAUCAAAAUGUGAGUUUAGAGAUUAAUACAUAAAAACUCACCCACAUUCUAUUAAAUUCUAAAAUCACACAGGAAUGCAUAGGACGUGGUUGAGUCAUUUUUGAUAAAUAGUGAGUUAUAGGGAGCUUGUACUGCUUCUAUAUAUGUGUUCUUUUUUGUUUUUUACAGCUUCACAUAGAUUUUAAAGUCAAUUUAUAUUUUUGUUGCUUCCCUAAUGCACAAGGAAAUGAGGAGUGAUAAAACCUUUUCACACACUUCCUAUGUAUGGAGGAUUGUUUUACCACUUGUAUGGAUUUAUGCAGCAUAGUUAGGAUCAAGGUACUGUUACAUUAUUACAGAAAAAUAGGAAAUUGUUUUUAAAAAUUAUAACUUGCUUAGGAAUGACUCUAUAAAAGAUGGAUGGAAGAUGGCCUUCCUAUAAUCUGGAACUUUCUGGAUAAGUGGUUUCCAGAUAAGUGAUCACAUACCUCCAGCUUCUACAACCCUACCCACCACAUAAUAUGAUGUUAUAUAUUUUAAAUGUAUUAAUGAUGCAAAAUGAUAUUCCAUGGAUUUUAGAUACAGUGUCUCUUUAAUACCCUUCAUCUGAAUCUCAGCCUGUGCUGUCCCACCACAGACUCAACAAUCAGAGACAGCUUGGCUAAAAUGUGUUUAGAAAUCCUUCAGCUGCCCAUGCACAUGGCAUUGUUACAAAAAUACUUUCAUUAAAUGACUGAGGAGCAAAUAAAGAUCAUUAACCAUCUGACAAGCUAUGAAUAAAUGUAUAUAUAUAUAUAUAUAUAUAUAUAUAUAUAUAUAUAUAUAUA